AUGGUUUCGAUGCCUUCAAAGUCUGCGCUGCUGUGGUUCCUGUUUGUUGUGACGGGUCACGUGACCGAAGCUGCGGGGAGACCGAAGUGGCGCACGACGUUACCUGAAGACGAGUCGCUCUCGAGCUUUAGGUCCACAACGGGGCCCGGACCGGAGCCCGGUGACCUCGCAGCCGCUUUUAAAGUCCUAACUCUGGACGGGGAGUUGUCCUACGAGCCCGGCGCCCUGAGGGGCUCCUCUCUGGUCGUCCACGCCUUCACCAACAAGUCCGGGUUUCUGGAGUGCCUGUGGAGCUCGGAGCCCUCCCUGUCCAGCCUGGUGGAGGGUUUGCCGGACAGCACCCGGGUCCUGUUCGUGUCCCUGGACGACUCGGCGCUCAGCGACGCCCUGAAAGAGGUUCUGACCCGGCUGCACUUCUCCCCGGUGCCGGCCUUUGCUCUGGGGAACUGGAUCCCCGGUGUGCUUCACUCCUGGGGCUGCAGGGGACACAACUGUGGCCUCUCCCAGGCCGUUUUCACCAGCUAUGGGUGGAAAAUGCCCGUCAUUGCCAAGAGGCUGGAUGCCAGGUACGAUUGGCUCAUGGCGCGCUGGAAGCCCGGGUCCUAUCGGCUGGUUGGGGCGGGAGACGGGUGUCUGCCCUCGGCUUCGGCGGCGGGGGGGGUCGCUUGGGUGUCGGAGGGCAACUGCUCCUUUUUCACCAAGGUGCUGAACAUGGCCAAAUCCAACGCCUCGGGUGUCCUUGUCUAUUCCCUUCCUGGUAACCCGAUCCGGGACAUGAACUGUGCUGGGGACGAGUGCUCCACCCCGCUCAGCAUCCCGGCUGCCAUGGUGCAUCCGGAGGUCUCGGUGUCUGAGGCGCUCCGUUUUGAAAAGCCUGACAUCAUGUCUCAACGUGUUUGGCAUCUCGUGGUGACUGGAGGCUCUGGUUUGUGCCGAAGGCUCGGACAGGUGGUGAACGUCUCCUUCCAGACGACCCCGUCCCCAAACUUCUUCAUCGGCAUUGACCAGCAGGGGGCGCUGGCUGAGAUGGGCUGGUUCCUCUACCCAUCCUUCAGCUUCAUCAACUGGCAGGCCCAGUGGUUUGAGUUCUCCGCCGACCUGCAGAUCAAACUCCAAACUCCUGCGCGGGUGGUUUCUGUGUUUGACAGAAUGCAGAUGCAGGGCGAGAAAGGAGCGGUGGCCACGGUCGAGCUGCCCUCAGACCUGCAGGACUUUGACACUCUGGAGCUGGACGCCGGGCUGUCCUGCCCCGGCCGGAGAGACCAGUCCUGCGCCCAGUGGGACCACAGCGUGCAGCUGCUGGUGUGCUGCGAUCCGCUCGGCCCCGCCUGCAACGCCGAGCUGGGCCGCUGGAUCACGGCUUUCCGCAGAGGUUCGGGCCGCUGGCUGACGGACGUGUCGCCUCUCAUUCCCCUGCUGGACAGCCACACGUGCACCUUCACCAUGAAGACGGCGCCCUGGGCCAUGCCGUGGAUGGUUUCCCUCAACCUGAGAUUCAGAGCCAGCAAUCAGACGGCGGGGGGACCUUCGACAAGGACUACAACCGGAGGUUCCAGCCCUUCCGAUUCGCCGUCCCGCCGUCCACCAAGAAGGUAUGGCACGCUCCGGCCCGCUCCCCCGGCGCCCGCGCGGCCGCCUGACGGCGCUGUGGGGCUCCAGGUGGAGCUGUACGCCGUCAUCACGGGACACGGCAGCGACGAGAACGGCUGCGGGGAGUUCUGCGUCACCUCCCACCACUUCCUGACCAACGGCGUCUUCAACAACACGCGCGUCUUCGAUUCCGCAGGAACAGCUCUGGGCUGCACCAUGCGCGUGAGGGGGGGGGCGGUACCCAACGAGCACGGCACGUGGCUGUACGGCCGAGGGGGGUGGUGCGACGGCCUGCAGGUGGACCCCUGGAGGACGGACAUCACCAGACAGCUGGACAUGAGCGGGCUCCAGUCCAACACGGUGGUCUACUUUGGCUUAUUCCAAGGGAAGGAUCCCAAUCCAUCCCAGCCGCCUGGAUACAUCACCAUGUCCUCUUUUCUUGUCUUCUACAAAUGA